AUGGAGGGUCCCUCCACGCGUCAUCGAUUGAGAACGGCGGCAGGCGGCGACGCCGAAGACGGCACUGAGGUAGCCGCCGUGAAGAAAGAACGAGAUGGCAAGCUGCCAGCACCCAUUCAGCUCACCGGCACUCGGUUCAAAUUACAACGCCCUCAAUUCUCAUCAGUCGACUUGCCCGACGGCCACAUCUUUAGCGAAGAGGACCUGAGAAAGGUGGUCGUCCUGAAUGAUCCCGGCAACUUCAUCAUCGUCAACCUGCACAAACGAGGCCAUCGACGGUACACCACCGACAAGUCCCUCCCCGACGACUCAUACUACGUCGGCAUCGACACAAACGAGUUCACGCCCGCUUUCACUCGCAGUGUUACCAAGACGUCGCUGAAGGCGAAUACGUACGAGAAUGCCGCUCAUCUCGGCUGGGGGUCAAAAUCUGGAGGCCUCAUAGUCCCGCCUAUCGAUAUGCUUCGACCGAAUCAGCUACUCUUUGUGAAGCACCUGUCAAUCAGGUACAAUGACGCGGAUAAAUAUCGAAAUGUUUCAGACAGCGAUAGAUCCGAGUACCAAAAGCGGCAGCAGGAUGCCUUCAGCAAGGGCCACCCAUGUCCUGUGCUCGUGAAUGAUGAGGUGGCUAGGCCAGAUUACGCGACCUUACAGGAUACAAAGGAGGGAACUUGGAAACACUUCCGUAUGAUGAUGCCAAAGAUAGCAGGGAGGAAGGUGCCGAAGGGUCUUGUUGACGAGAUCAAGGCAUUCCUUGCCAAGCACAACCGCGAUAUCGUGUCUGCUAACUUCGCGUUGACGCUAGCAAUCAUUUACCAUCAUUACUAUCAGGCGGCAGAUCUGGGAGCGGAAAAGGGCGGCAAGCAGCCAGUGAAGCCUGUACCUGAGGUUUCGCUAGCCCAACUGAUAUUGUAUGGGCCACAUUACUUUCGGCUUCACGAAGACCUCAAGCUCUCGGCCUACGUUCACAUCUUCCGCGCCGUUGACCAUUUGUACGGCAAGGACAAGAAGAUCAACGCGUUCGCAAUCAACGAGAAAGACAUUGACGAAACUCUGGUCUCCGAGUACAUUGAUGAGAUGGCACUCACCGAGAAGGAUUGGCAGGAGAUUGUACCGCCGUCGUGGGAAGGAUCGAAGCUCACUAUGCCCCUGAACCACGGAUCUCGCGCACCCGCUUCCGCAGAGCUCACCGCCAUGCUGAUGAUGCCGGAUAUCUACACCUUGGGGUUUGCGGGGUAUACCAACUACUGCCGGGCCAAAUAUAGCACCACGACAAGAGAGACGUUGAUGCAUGGCUUUUUCGUUCCCGAGCACAUUCGGUCCAACCCCGACCUCUGGCGACUUGUGACCGAUGGGGACAUCGGGCCCGAGGCCUUGGAACCCUACCAGGAUCAGCUCGAUCACCAGGUCUGGACGGCGCCCAAGAUGGCGGUUCGACUUCCCUGGCCCGAGGUCCCCACUGUCGAUGCCGGUCUUCGUGGUGCGAUGAUGCGGUCCUGGGCCACGCAGACGUCGCCGGAGCCUGGGGUCGAGCCCGGGACUGGCGAGAGCGCCGCUAUCGUGCCCCCCAUAUCUCACCACAAGAUGAUCCAAGAUACCACGGCGUAUUACAAGGCAUUUAUUGCGAAGAUUCGAAAGGGACAGGAUGCCAAUCUCAUCGACAAGUCGGUAACGAUUGGAUCGGACGGACAUCUCACUUGGCCAGGCUUGGAUGAGCAGCCCGGCACGUCUCGAAAGUUACCUGAUGAGAUCAACAUGCAGGAUAUCAUUGCAGAGUACGACAAUGCCGGCCCUGAUCGCAUCUCUGAGACUGACCGCUGUAUUCUCCGGAGACUUUUCCUGGAGGAUCUGGCUGAAGACAAGCACGUGGCUCAGUGUGCUCGAGAUUUCAAGAGUUGCAUCAAUAUCGAGGACAUCAACCUGGGUGUCACCCAGGAGGCGCACGAUCUCUACGCCGAUCUUCUUGUCCAGUCUUGCACCAUGCUUUUGGGACUGAACGUGGCGACAGACGGCGACGGCGGCGGCGACGAAAAAAACAAUAAGAACAAUGACACCGCCAUUGCCGCGAUUAGAGCUGUCGAUAGAGACCUCGCCAACGCCCUCACGACGUUCAACUUCCUCGUCCCUCAACUUGGGGAGGAUGGCGCCAAGUCGGUGUUCGAUUUGACAAUGAAGCUGGUGUCCCAUUCGCCCUGCUUCGAGUACUGGUACAAGUUGAUGCUUUUGGCGCAACACAUUAAUGGAAAGUCCCUGGACGAAGAGAGCAAGGAGUCAUGGAUCAAGCUUUUUGGAGAGCCUUACACGGGUGAGGUUCAUGUCGAUGAAUGA